GAUUCCAUCAAAAGGAUGGCGCGCGCGCCGCCCGGUUUCCGGUUAAGGUGUGCGUGUCUGAGACGCUGCAGAUCAAGGCUGGCCCCGCUGGCCCUGCCCCGCCGCGGCCCGGCCCGGCCCCGCUGGUCCUCACGGGACUUCCGCGUUCAACUAAAAACGCUCGACAUUAGCCGCGGACACCGCGUCUUCCACGGCGGCUUUACUGAACCGGACUCUAAAGUUGGAGGCAGAAGUCGGACUUCUCCGUCAUCUGGGUCCAUGGCUGACGGCGGGGGGGAGGACAGGGCGGAGGGCGCGGAGCCGCGGGGCGCCGAGGGCGGGGAAGAUGUUUUUGAUGAUCCCAUCUUGGAGCAAGGAGCGGUGGUCCUCAGAGGGUACGUGAUUGAAAGGAUAAACUUACAGGACCCUGAUUUAUACGUGUCGUCUGAGGAUCUGGGAGGAAGUCCAAACGAACAAGAAGAUCCACAAAUCAAAGAAGUGGUGGAGCAGCUGCUCAAGAUAGCAGAUGACAUCAACAGGAAUGCUGUGCUACAGCAAUUGAUCAACCAGGCGUCUGGUAGCGGUGCACAGGACAUCUUCAUGGAAGUGGCCAGGAGCAUCUUUGCUGAUGGGAUCAACUGGGGUCGAGUGGUGGCUCUCUUUCACCUGGCCUACAAAUUCAUAUACAAGGCACUGACCAGCAACCAUCUAGAGACCAUCAGAAUGAUAAUCAGCUGGGUACUGCAAGUCAUCAAAGAAGUGCUCUAUCCCUGGCUGGUGCAGCAGGGAGGUUGGGUGGGCGUUAUCCAACGUUUUUCACGCUGGAGAACAUUGACCGUUGCAGCGUCAAUAGUAUUGCUUGCAGCCUUUGUUUACUACAGGAAGACGCGCUGAGACCAUCAGACCCAACUUCAGAACCAGGACUGCCAUCCCUGGUUCUGGGCACAUGGAGGACAUUAAUGAUCAUCCUCUCCCAACCUGUGUCUCGUUCUCAAGAGGAACGUCAACCUCUCAUCUCAGGUUUUCUACAACAAAAAGGUGGAAUUGACCUAAAACUUGACAUUUUUACUCCGCAUUCACCAGCAGACCAUUUGUGCCGUUUUGCAGCUGCCAUGGGGGCUCCCAGUGGAAAGUUAACUCUGUCAGGGAGGGGUCUGGAGUUAAAUAGACUUGAGUUGACUUUAAAAACAUUGGCAGGAGAAUUCUGCUGUCAAUGUGUUAUUGUAAUCCUAUUUGAAGUGUUUGUGGGGGGUUGGGGGGGGGGUGUUAUCUCAGGUUUAUCCCAGAUCGGACCACUUUUAUCUCAGUUUUAAAGGGAAACACCGUGAGCCAGUGACAAGGAGUCUAAGCAGCUAAAUGUAGAGAUAUUUUACAAAUGUGAUGUAUGACUAGAGUGUCUUUUAAAUUCCUUUGUGGCGGGGUCCCGCCGAGAAAGGAUGCAGAGGAGCCAAGGUGAGGAGGAACUGCCUCUGUUGCCGUCACUGUUGCUACACGCAGGGCCAUGCAGCACACAGCACACACUGUCACUCCUCUCUUUCACCACCUGCAGUGCUCACCUUUAAAUGGGAUGCCACGCCCACGGAGCGUUGCUCUCCAUUCCCUCCAGGUGGCACCACAGGUAGCAAUCAUUAAAUACCAAAAUACAACAAUACACAAACAAUAAAACCUGGUGUGGCCCCCCCUCGGCAUCUGACGGUGCCACACCGUCACACCCUUCCUUUAUUACUUAAAUGAAAAGAAAAUGUGCGUUCAUUUUUUAUUGACCAAAAUGAUUAUUCAAAAAAUGUCACAUACAGCAAAAUGUAUUUCAACACAUUUGUUCAAGAAAUUCUGUCCAAUGUGGUUCUUUUUAUGUGUAGAUAAGAGGACGAUCCUCUGUUGGGAGAAGUCUUCUGCUGUGAUCUCUGCUCUGGACUUUAACGUACAGAGUUUCAACACUAAUGUCAUUCAUGCUAACAUAUUUAUGCCUCCGGACGGUUAGGAAACGAAUGUCUUGCCGCAUUUUGCAUGGGAUGUCCUUCUCAGACGUGGACGUUGGUUCUCUACAGAUGGUGACUGUUCCUGUAGAGCUGAGAGCAACUAUCUGUUGAUCAUCCCUGAUAAAAUCACUAUCAGAACACAGACAGCAAUGUGGCCACCAGGCCCUGGUACAGCAAUGCAUUUGUAUUUGGAAUAGAAGUAUUUUCAGCUCUAAAUUCAGAUUUUACAAUUCUAACUUUGCAGGGAGAAGCUGUCAAAGUUAAUAGGCGAAUUCAGCAAAAGUGAAGUCAAAGGGUUGUUGCUUCGUCUCGACCUUUCUGAGCUUUAAUAGCUAAGAUGUUUACCAGGAAAUGCCUUAUCACCAAAUCACAUCAUUGUGACGAUUAUUGGCACUUUAUUUAUCAGUAUAGAGGGGGAGUAUGCAGAUCAGUAGCAGUUUCCGCUUUCAGUGUCCGUCUGAGGGAUAUUUCUGUUUUUUUACCAGGAUAUAGUUCGGUUUUUAAAGACUACUCCACAACUGCUGUUAUUGUCCUUUUGUUUUUCAAGACGUCAUUACAAAGUGAGCAUUUGCAGCAAUGUUUUUAGCCUUCAGUUUGUCAUUGGGGCCUUUGUGGAGAACCAGAGGCUCAUGGGAGACGGCUUUUAAUAUUUACAUGUGUUCAGUAGUAAUCUCUGAAAGUUUAACGAGUAUUUUAUAGCCGAGAUCCUGGUUUGUUUCACAAAUUACUUCAUGACUUCUUUAUCAUGAAUAGACAUGUUUUGCUUGUUUUUUCAUUUUAAUUCUGAAUCUCUUUAAUAAAGUUAUCUCUAUUUAAAUGUGAACAGGUGUUUGUAUGCGAACAGGUUCCUGUCCAAGGACUUGGUUAUCGUUACUCUUCUGUAAUUUUAUACAAACUUUUAUUGAUAAAAUAAUUAUUUUGAAUUUGACAAAAGUAAUAAAUAAAACAGUUUUUAAAAUCAGCCAAUAAGAUUCAAAUGUUUCUUUUUGAAUUGAUGCUCAACAGAACAAUCCAUCCAUCCAUUUUCUUUACCCGCUGGACCCCUUUCGUGGUCCCGGGGCGGCCGGAGCCCAACCUGGCUACUGUUGGUGACGGUUGCCAGCCUGUUGCAGGGUCAUGCACUCACACCGAGGGACAGUUUAGCGAGGAGAACAUGCAAACUUCCCACAGAAAGUUCCAAUUUUGGAUUUGAACUGGGGCCUUCUCACUGUGGGGGGAAGGUGCUAACCACUGCUCCACCAUGCAGCCCUCAACAGAAUAAUAACUGUAAAGAGUUCAACAGACUGGUAUCAAAAGGUGUUUCUUAAAUUUAGUCGCACAGCCUUUUGUGGCAAUCAUUGCAAGUAAUUUCUUUUAUGGACCACAGAACUGGUUAUAUUUUCCCAGGCCGACCUUUAUGAUGCGGAAGCUGUAGAAAGGACACCUGUCCACAGAAUCGGACCAUCAAACUGUCCAACAUGGAAAAGACCAAAGAGCUUUCAGUGGAUUUUAGGGAGAAGAUUGUAGACCCGGACUGGACUAUAAAGCCAUCAGCAAGAUGCUGAAGGUUAUGGUGAAUACUGUUGGUGUCAUUGGGCCAAAAUACAAGAACAUGACCCUCAAUCCACCUUUAGGUCUGGGGUCCAAACCAGAUCCACCUUUAGGUCUGGGGUCCAAACCAGAUCUGACCUGGUGGGGUUUCAAUGAUCAUGAGAUCUGUGAGAAAUCGGCCUAAAAUAACACGGCAGGAGUUAGUUGAUGAUCUCAAAGCAGCUGGAACCACAGUCAGAGAAAGGCAUGGGUGAUUCUUUACACUGCAAUGGUUUAACAUCUUCUAACAUCGUUUAAUCAGACCCCCCCCCCCCCCCCCGAGGUGUCCUUGGCUCCAACAAAAUAAGAUAUUCGCUUCCAGAGUGUGAAAGCCGAUGUUGUGUUGAAGGCUGAUGCUGCUUCUCACACCCCCCCUUGACCUCAGCAUCACCCCCCCCCCUGUGAACACUGCCUGAGACGCGCUCUGCAGCUGCGCUCAGAGUGUAUCACAGAGGGUCCGCAGCCCCCUCCUCGUGUACUGUGUUGUCGUGUGAAUAUGUGGUUCUGUGUUUAAACUGUGUAGUUUUUUUUUCUUGUAUCAACACAUUAGAACAGACAGUGUUGAGAUAUGACUUUUUUUUGUCACCAAUGCCCCCCACCCUCCCCAUUCGUAACCCAUCUGCACCCAUCCUAGUAAGGCAGCGCAUUUAUUGCUGCAGCCUCAGUCAACUCUGAACUGUAUAUGUGUAUUUGUUGUAUGUCUGAUCUUGUUCAGGUUGUACUGGAAAGUGAUUUCUGUGUGUCAGUGUAAAAGCUGUGCUAACGACAAUAAACUGAUUCUGAUUCUGA